ACUAUAACGAACGAAACAUAAACUUACCACAAAUAGGUAAAGCAUGGACGAGUCAAGAAGCAUUAAGGCCGAUUCGCGGCUUAAGACUCUCAUAGAAAAUGGUUGCAAGAUGGGUCAUAGAAGCUUAUUAGUGAUUCUGGGAUCUGAAACCGCCGAACAGAUAAUGGUCAUUCACCAUUUAAUGAGUAAGGCAGCAAAUGAUCGUCCAUCAGUUUUGUGGUGUCAUAAGAAGGGUUCAGAUGUUCCUAAACAAAGCCGAAAGCAGUUAAAGAAGUUUGAGAAAAAUUUGAAGUCUGGAAAGUGCAACAUAUCAAGUGAGAAUGCACUUCAUCUCUUUCUUUUAGCAACUCCCAUCAGAUACUGUGCUUUCAGUGACGCAAAGAGUGUGCUGGGUAGUACCUAUGGAAUGUGUGUGAUCCAGGAUUUUGAGGGACUUACUCCAAAUGUACUGUGUCAAGUUAUAGAAACAGUUAAGGGAGGUGGUGUCAUAACUAUUAUCCUGAAGAAAACCUCCUUGAGACAGCUCUUUGAUAUAGAGAUGGAUGUUCAUAACAAACUGAAAACUUAUUCACACCCAAAUGUUUUUCCAUUAUUUAAUGAAAGGUUUGUACUCUCAUUGGGCUGGUGCAAAUCUUGUCUAAUUAUGAAUGAUCAGCUUCAAGUGGUUAAGGAAUUGCCACCCCUUUCUGGCCCAGUUCAUCCAGUUGGUUCUGUUGUUAUUGAAAAACAAGAAGAGUUUCAUAGAAGACUUGUAGAACUUCAGAGCAGCCUUGAAGAUGCAGAAAAGCCACUCCCACAACUCAUUGGCUGUUGCAGAACAGUUGAUCAAGCAAAAUCUUUACUGAAGAUGAUUGACAUGAUUACUGAUAAAGGUGGAAGAGGCACAGUUGCCAUUACUGCUGGACGUGGUCGUGGAAAGUCAGCUGUUUUAGGAUUUGCUGUGGCAGCUGCUAUCUAUUUUGGCUUUAAUAACAUAUUUGUUACAAGUCCUACCCCAGAUAAUCUAAGAACGUUUUAUGAGAUGGUCUUUAAAGGUUUGUACUCUCAAUUGGGCUGGUGCAAAUCUUGUCUAAUUAUGAAUGAUCAGCUUCAAGUGGUUAAGGAAUUGCCACCCCUUUCUGGCCCAGUUCAUCCAGUUGGUUCUGUUGUUAUUGAAAAACAAGAAGAGUUUCAUAGAAGACUUGUAGAACUUCAGAGCAGCCUUGAAGAUGCAGAAAAGUCCAAUCCCACCCACUCAUUGGCUGUUGCAGAACAGUUGAUCAAGUUAUACAUUGAUCCUACCGAUGCAAGAAAAUUGAGUCAGGCAGAACUUCUAGUUAUAGAUGAAGCUGCAGCCAUACCUCUUCCAUAUGUUAAGGCACUUUUGGGUUCAUAUUAUGUGCUUAUGGCAUCAACAGUAAAUGGGUAUGAAGGUACGGGACGUUCUCUUUCCUUGAAACUUCUCAGUCAGCUUCGUCAACAAGCUUCUGGAUCAGCUGAUUCAACUACAGCUACUAGCACUGAUGUUUCUGCAAAUCAAAAAUUAAAUGAGGUUUCCUUGAAGGAGAGCAUACGAUACUCAGAUGGUGACCCUGUUGAAAAGUGGCUCAAUGAUUUGUUAUGCCUUGAUGCUACAUCUUUAGUAACACAGUCAUCCACAUGUCCUCCUCCACACAGCUGCCAGCUAUAUUAUGUCAACAAGGGUGUGCUUUUUAGUGGAAAUGAAGAAAGUGAAGAUUUUCUUCACCAAAUUGUUUCUCUGUUAGUGGCUUCUCAUUAUCGCAAUUCACCAGAUGAUUUGCAAGUCUUAAGUGAUGCUCCAGCACAUCACCUUUUCGUUUUGCUAUCCCCUAUUGCCUCAAACAUGACUUCAUUACCAACUGUCUUGGUAGUCAUCCAGAUUUCCUUAGAAGGAAAUAUUGGCAAAAAAGUGGCAGAUGAGUGCAAGAGUCGAGGUGAACGUCCAUCUGGGGAUUUGGUACCUUGGGCUUUAGCGGCUCAGUUUUCAAAUUCUGGGUUAACAAAAUUGGUUACUGCUAGAAUUGUUAGAGUGGCAACACAUCCAGAUUAUCAGUCAAUGGGCUAUGGAUCAAGAGCUCUUAACCUUCUUGGUGAAUACUACAGAGGACGACACAUAACUCUAGAUGAGGAACAAGAUAUACCAACUAGCCCACCAAAGAAUCAUAAGGAAUAUAAUUUUAUUGUGCCAUACCACAGUGAGGUACCUCUUCUCUCAAAGUUGGAAGAAAGGAAACCAGAGCAAGUAAACUACAUGAGUGUGUCAUUUGGUGUGACCCAACCUCUCUUUAAGUUCUGGAAGCGAGUGGGUUUCUUGCCUUUGUACAUAAGCCAAGUAAGCAAUAAAAUCACAGGAGAGCACAACUGUGUAAUGGUUCAUCCCUUAGUAGAAGAAGAACCUGGUGAAAGUGGUGUGGUGUCGUUACCUAGCAGCAUGGAGUGGGUCAAGGAUUCAUGUGGAGAGUUCUUACGUCGAUUCAUAGGUCUUCUUGGUGGACCAUUAAGGAACUUUUCUCCAGUACUUGCACUUGCAAUAAUCCAAAGUCAUGAUAGAUAUAUCAGAGAAAAAGGCAUUGAUUGGAAUGAACUACAGAUAUUAGUAACGGGGCAUGACCUUCAACGUCUAGAAAGGUACGCAAACAAUCUAGCUGAUCGAUAUCUCAUCAACGAUAUGUUCCCAAGCCUAGCAUAUCUCUAUUUUAUGAAGAGACUGCCUGCUGUUCAGCUGUCAUCUUUGCAGUCGAGUAUAGUAGUUGGGUUAGGUCUACAAGCAAGGACAGUGGAUACAAUGGUAAAGUUAUUAGACCUACCAGUAGAAUCUCUUUUGGGUCAACUCAAUCGUGCUAUACGUCGAUUUUUGAAAGUCUUGUCAUCUAUUCAAGAAACAGCUUUGGCGCUCAGCCUGCCUACUACUACAGCCACAGUUGCAGAGUUCACCCCAGUUGAUAUUACUCUAGAACAGGAUCUAGAGCAGGCUGCAAAGGACUAUGGAAUAGACGCCAAAAGAAGUCAACAGCUUUCAAAAACAAGUUUACACCAUCUGGGAGAUCUCAGAAAAUUUGCUGUUCAGGGAGAUGAUGCAACGUGGGAGGCCGCUCUUCAAAAUUCAUCAGAAGUUGUCACCAUUAAGAAUAAGAAGAAGCCCAAAAGGCUGACUGAAGCAGAAUUAGAACGUGAAUUGAAUGAAUCUGCACCCAAGAAAAGCAAAGGAAAUCAUAAAAACAAGAAAAAGAAGUAAAAUCAUAUAUGUAUAUUUUUAUAUUAAAGACAGCUUAUUCA